UUUCCACUCCCUCCUCCUCCCCAGCCCCCAUGUCCGCAUUCCUCAACAAGCUGCGCCACCCAUCCGCCUCGGCAGACUCUCGCACGCGCCGCUCCCCCUCCAGCUCUACCCUCGCAGACAACGACGCGCCCCCGGCGUCCCAGCAAGCACCCUCCCCGUCCCCCCAGAGAACAACAGGCGCAUCCGGCAGUCUCUUCAUCGAAAACUUUGACCAGUCUCCCCAGCCAGCCGAGCCGAGCGGGUCUCCGCAGCUGCCCGUCGCAGAGCCAUCCUCUCCUCGCCCAAAACGCCAUCCAAGCCCGAUGCCCGAGCCGCGCACCACGCCCAGCAGACCUGCACCACUCCAGGUGGCAGACUCUGGCCCCCGUCCGGCGGGCACGCCCAAGCUGACGCUCACGCAGGAAGGCUCCAACUCUCCCCGCAGCGUGAGCGACCACUCGCCCAUCGACGACCGCGCCCGCCCGCCAAGCCAGCCUCGGAACCCUGUCGGUCUCGGGCUUGGGAAGCCGAAUGAGGACGAAGACGGCCACUGGGAUGGCCCCCCAAACAAUCACCACACCUCGCCCCCCUCCGCGGCCCAGCGCGCUAUAUCGCUUGCGCAAGAUGGCCGUGAUCGGCCGAGUUCUCUCGCAUCUUCCCACCACGAUCCAUCCGCCCAUGGCCAGCCCCGCUCUCGCAGCGGAUCCCUUGUCUCCCGCGUGACAUCGCGCAUCGGUCCAGCCUCCCCCAAUAGCUUGACGCCAGUCGACAGCAUCGGCAAAUCCAGCAAGAAAUCAAAGAGGCGUAGCAGGAGACGGUCAAUCAACUCGCAAAUGUCGGGCCAUUCCUCCGUCGUUGCAGCCCUUGCAAAAGGCGGACUGCAUAUCGCUUCCGCAACAGGCGAUGAAGCCAUGAUCAAGGCGGCCAAGACGCGCAAGGUCAGCUCAGGAAUGAAGCGCAGUCCCUACCUGACACGUGGAGGCAGGGACAUGGACGAUGAUGAUGACGAUGAAGAGUCUGACGUUGACGAUCUCGAAUUUGACGAUGAAGAGGAUGAUGACAGCGAUUUGGCCGAGGACUUGUCCGUGCUGGGUUAUGCAGUUGCUAGCAACAGACGAAACGCUGAUUUCCACGCCCUCUUCCCGAGUGUGGACGAAGGCGACUACCUCAUAGAUGACUAUGGAUGUGCCCUUUCAAAAGAUAUCUUGGUGCAGGGCCGACUUUACGUGUCUGAAAACUACCUCUGCUUCCAUGCCAACAUCUUUGGCUGGACAACAGACGUGGUCAUACCCUUUGUCGAAAUCAAAAGUAUUGAAAAGAAAAUGACCGCUCUAGUGAUCCCGAACGCCAUCGGUGUCUCCACCGCCAAUGCUCGGUACACCUUUGCAUCUUUCAUCUCCCGUGACACUGUCUACGACGUCAUGAUGAACAUCUGGCGCUUGUGUAAUCCCAACGCCGUCAUGUCUGCACUUUCUCUCUCCGCUACUCCUUCGCGCCCUGGAUCCAUCUCGGGCGAGCCAGCGUCGACUAUCGCAACUGCAACUCCUGGCGGACAAGGCGAAAUCGGCGGCGGACCGGUUGGCGUUCCAGGAGACCAUAAACCAACACAAUGCGCCUGUGGUCGAGACGGCAAACAUUAUCCUGAAACAGCACUGGAAGCCAUCUUCCCCAGUACCCCCGAAAAGGUAUACAACCUCAUGUUUAACAGCAGUUGGCUUCGAACCUUUCUCAGUGACAGCCAAAAUCUCCGUGAUAUAGAAUACUCUGAUUGGCGGCCCAUUUCUCCUUCCUCCCCAAACCUUACACGCUCCCUUUCCUACACUAAACCCCUCAAUGGAUCUAUCGGGCCCAAGCAGACAACAUGCCAUAUUACAGAUUCGCGCGAACACUUUGAUCCAGACCAGUACAUUGUCAUGAUUACCACCACAAGAACACCCGACGUACCGAGCGGUGGAGUCUUCAGUGUCAAAACGAGGACCUGUUUUACGUGGGCUGGGCCAGAGUCAACCAAGGUGCUAGUGACUACAGCUGUAGAAUGGACAGGGAAAAGCUGGAUCAAAGGAAUCAUUGAAAAAUCCGCUAUCGAUGGUCAAAAACAAUACCAUGAUGACCUGAAACUUUCCAUGCUCUCCUACAUUCAAUCUCAUCUCUCUGAAUUCCUUUCCCCCGGUGCAAAACUUGCCGUCGACCAGCCAAACCCGCCCUCGCCACCUCGUACCAACUCUGGCACUGGCUCUGGCAUCAUUUCUGGCGGCACCAGUAGCGAAGCGCAAGAGUAUGCUGCCAAAGCACGCAAGCAAAGACACGAUGCAGAUUGGUGGAAUCUCCAGGCGGGCAUCGAUUCAUUGGUAAGAGGAGGACAGACAAUAGGGGAGGGAUUGAGAGCGUGUAUCGACUCUGUGGCCGAUAUGCUUUUCGACAGUGGUCUGAGCAAGCAAGGUAUACUGUGGAUCUUGAUCGUCCUCCUCGUUUUUUCCAACUUUUACACAUACUUUUACGCCGACACUUCCCGCUCAUCACGCGCUAUAGCGCGUGGGGGUGAGAUAAGAUUCUCUGGGGAAAGAAGGGGACAGCAGCAGCAGCCGUCAAGGUUAAUCUAUGACGAACAAGUGGCUGAAGCCGUGCGUAUGGUUUUGAACCAGCAGAGGACGUUGAUGGAACCGGUCGAGGAAGUGAAAGAGCUGCUGAGGAUUUUGGAUACCGUAGAGGGGAGGAUGUACAGGUUAAGAGAUGAGAUCAGAGGAGUCAUUGAAUAUUCCUCUGCUGUGGGGGAGAACACUGUUUCGAAAGGUGAUGACAUAGAUUAGAUAGUAUCAGAACUGGAUCGGUCCCCCAUGCUCCCCCGUUGUUAGAAAUUUGGUUUUAUUGGAGCUGUAGAAUAGACACAACGUACACAUCUUAACUUGCAUGAUCUGUAAUAUACACGUAUCUACAACGAAUGAUGAUGACACAAAUGAGA